AUGGAUUCAGAAAACUGUGCGCAGGGCGCAAAUUUAGAUGAUCCUCCUUCUGCUGUUGCAAAAGAAGAAUUCUGGAUCAUUGGUGCAAGACGCCGAAUUAGAUCGGUGGUGAAACAGUGCGUCCGUUGUAAACGAUUUUCAGCAAAACCUCCAACUACUGCACCCAUUCAAUUACCAUUAGACAGAGUUCGAGAUGCUUUCGCAUUUGAAGUUACCGGCAUAGAUUUAUGUGGCCCUCUGAUUCUCAAAAAUAAAAACAAAACCUGGGUAGUACUGUUUACGUGUGCUGUAUAUAGAUGUGUACAUUUGGAACUAGUGACAUCCGUAAGUACCGAAUGCUUCAUUCAAGCGUUUCGUCGUCGGUUCAUAGCCAGAAGAGGUCGGCCAUCUACAGUUUAUUCAGACAACGGCACAAAUUUCGUCGGUACAUCUGCAUUGCUGAAAAAGGUUGACUGGGUAAAGGUAAUUGCUCAGGAAACUUUGCAUCCCAUCACUUGGAAGUUCAUUCCGCCCACUGCUGCUUGGUGGGGCGGAUGGUGGGAGCGUCUAAUUAAUCCGCACAGCCAAGAAUUUGAUUGUGAGAGUCUUAGGACAAGCUGCAGUCAAUUACGAAGAGUUACUCACCGUCAUCUGUGA